UUACAUGCUCGCAGGGUGCAGUAAUUCAGAGGCACAGUGUGGAGGCUGCUACACACAUACAGACUCCAGGAAGAGCAACAUGCUCAGAUUACUUCAUCACUGCUUGCUAGCUGUGUGCUUGGCAGGGUCCUUGAUGCUCCUGCCACUCUGCUGUGCUGGAUUUAAGCUCAUCUCUGAGUAUGAAUAUGAUUCUACUCCUUUACCAGAUUACGACUACAAUGCCACAUUUGACUACACUUUCUUCAGCAACAGCAGCACUGAAGACCUGGAGAUAUUUUUUAGGGAAAAGGAAUCUGAAGAUGGAUUGGAUAUAAGCCCAACAGAUACUGAAUCCACGGUGUCCACUUACCCGAGCAAGGCCUUUAGGACAGUAUAUCCAAGCCUACUGCUCGUGCUGAUCCUGGCUGCUCAUCAGCUGCUCAGACUCCUAUAGGACACACACUGCACCUCGCAGGACACCAUCAUACACAAACGCAUGAGGACUCAAGGGAAAGACAGAGAUGGACAAACAACAAAGGAGGACCAGAGACUUGGCAAACUGAGACUGAGGAAGAGAGGCACACAGACUUAAUCAAACGAGCCAACCUCUCACGUCAGAGGAGCAGCUAUAACUCGUUCUAGACUUCCACUGUUGUAAUGAUGCAAACAGGAGACACCACAAAACCCCAUCUCCAUUACAAAGCCAGAACAUACUCAAACUAGACACAGAGGAUGUGUAAGACACACAGCCUAAUUGAAUGGACUACUGGAAAGACAAAUUUAGCCUAAUCAAGCAAAAGGGACUUUUGAUAACUUUUAAACUGUGCCUUAUAAUAGUAGGGACAAAAAGCCUUGGCUAAACAGCCAUAGAAAAAUAAAGACCUUAUGGAUUUAUGAAUGUAAAAAAAUGAAUGUUAGCUAUGAAUGAAUUUUUGGUGCAAUUUUAAGGGACAUUUAUAAUAAUAGUAUAUAGUAUAUCCUAUUUUAAUAAGCAAAAUGCUGCAAAGACUGAAACUAGCAUCAAUGCUCCAGUGUGUGUGUCUGUGUGUGCACAUGUGUUGCCUCCACAUUUUACAUCAUUUUACAUCAGAUCAUUAUGCACACAGCAACAAGUCCUCAGAAUCCAGUCUGUUUCUCACAGGCCACCUCACAUAUGAAAAUAUUAACAGUGCACAAAUUAUUUUCUCAAAUUAUAUUUGAUACCAGCUUAAAACCAUUUAGCAGUUAGGACUGCUUCACUGAAAAAUGCAUUACUACACUAUAUCAUAUAUGACUCCUUUAUACCAGUUCAUUAAACUGACUCCGAUUUUAUUACUUUAGAAAUGUGGACACACUGUGAAUGUCGGAGCAAAAAGUACAAAUCCUGACGAGUCUUUACACAAUGCAUGGCGUACACACAGGCACUUUCCUAAGCAAAUGCACUUCUUUCAUUAGCGCCACUUUCUUAGAGCUCCUGGGUGGAUAUGCCCUUAUGUAAAAAUCACAUACUUUUCACACAUGACCAUGUAUCAUUUUUCCCACGUGAGUAACGUGAUCACACGUGAAAAACAUCAUGCAUUUCACAUAUGCCCUGAAAUUGCACACGUGAACUCAAGUACAUUACCUAAUGUGAAUUUAAAAAAUCACAUACGAAAAUAAAUGAAUCAUUUGUAAAACAACAACAAACAAACAAACAAAAAAAAAUCCCUCACAUGUGAAAACAAACGAAUCUUUAUGAAAACAAACAAGCAAAAAAAAUCACAUAACAUUCCACAAAAAAUAUAAACAAAACAAAACAACAUCAGCAACAACAAAACAAUCACAUGUGUAUGAAUUAAUGUGGAGUUUGUGUGAUUUCUGUAAGGGUAAUGCUAUAAGUGUUAUGAUUUAUAUACUAAAAUUUGCAUUCAUGUUUUAUAAACUUGGCACAAAAUUUCCACUCAACAAUAAAUUAGUAUUUAUUUUUUGUGA